AUGUACAAACGCGAGCAAAAUAACACAAACGGCUCACCGAGUUCUCCUUCGAAACCUUAUAUCGAGGCCAACGACUACGACCUGCAGUUUCCAACAUGGAGCAUGGAAUAUUUAAAGCAAGCUGCAGUGGAACACAGAUUAGUGCGUCCAAGGAGCUUGGCUUGGGCCGUGCUGUUAAAUGCUGUUCCUCCACCCUCAGAGGACAUUUUAUUAAGCAUAAGCGGUCACAGAAAUUUUUAUGAUGACUUGAAGAAGAAAUUGUCCAUGGAUCCCCGUGGAGUCAUUGGAGAUGAUCCACUCUCACAAAAUGAACAGAGUGUGUGGAAACAGCAUUUUUGUGACAAGGAGCUGAAGGCGAUGAUACUUCAAGACGUAGUCAGAACUUUUCCUGAUGAAUCAUACUUUCGUGAUAAGGACGUCCAAGAUUUAAUGGUGCGGGUUCUGUUCCACUGGGCGCGCGCGCACGCGUCGCCGGGCUACCGGCAGGGCAUGCACGAGGUGCUGGCGCCGCUGCUGCUGGAGCUGCGCGCCGACCGCCGCGGCGCGCCCGCACGCCUCAGUGACACGUUGCGUUAUUAUCUCCAAGAAGAUUACUUAGAACACGACAGCUUCAUGCUAUUCAGCGCGAUAAUGAAAGGCCUGGAGAAGUUCUACACCACAGGAGACGUAGUGCCAACGUCUAGCGGACGACUGCCCACUUCAAAAACUCUACACGGUCAAAAUGAAGUAGUCCGGUAUUUGGACAAAGUAAGAGAAGAAUAUCUAAUGCUAUUCGACCCAGAUCUAGGAACUCAUUUAGCUGAAUGCGGCAUCUCCAUGGAGUUGUUUGGAAUUCGCUGGCUCCGGCUGCUGUUCGGGCGCGAGUUCCCGCGCAGCGAAGUGCCAGCGCUGUGGGGCUUCCUGUUCAGCGACGGACCCUCGCUGCCCAACGUGCACUACGUCGUGCUGGCCAUGCUCGUCUCCAUCCGGACCAUUCUGCUGGGCGCGGACGCGGCGGGCGCGCUGAGCGUGCUGAUGCGGCCGAGCGCGGUGAGCGCGCGCCACGUGUGCGCGCUGGCGCUGCACCUGCGCGCGCCGCACGCGCACCCCGCGCCGCCGCCGCCGCGACUGGCGCCUCCGUGAAGUGCGGAAGAGGCUCACGAGGCGGAGGGCGUCGAGGGCGUCGAGAGCGGGUCGUCGGGCUCCGAGGGCGUGUCGGAGGGCGUGGCGGAGGGCGGCGACGUGGCGCACUCGCUGGCCGCGCUGGCGCUGCUGCGCGCGCACCUGCCCGCCGCCGCGCGCGAGCUGCGCGCCGCGUUGCCGCGCGUGCCGCCCCGCGCCGAGCUGCCGCUGCGCCAGAUCAUGCAGCUUGCAGCCCUACUGCAGUGUCGUAACCACGCGUUAAUUGAUGUGGAAACGGCAUUAGAAGCCGCUGAAAACCAAUCGACCGAAGCGAUCGGUCGCAAACAACUAGUGCCAGUUGUUAUGAUGCCCAAGCACAAGCAAAAUAACAAUAAACAAGUGAAAACUGUGAGAAAAGUGAAAGAAGUGCCGCUUAAAUUGUUCAAUCAAAUUGAAUGUAAUAGUGCUAGUGACUUGCCGUUCUUAGACCCGUUACGGUUAAGGACAGAAUGAUUACGCAGGAAAAUAAUGCUAUACAGUUAUUAUCAUUAGCUGGUUAGCUAUAGGUAAUACAGGCAACUACCCAUCAGCUCUCUCUCAUGGGACUAUGGGCCCCUGACGCCUGGCUGUCAAAUAUUUAGUGGAAAAUAUUGAGUUAAAUUUUUCUUUAAUUCAAACUUAUUUUUACAAAGAUAAAAUAAUAAAUGUCAGGUUACCUAAAUUAGGGAAAACUUACUUUAGUAGUAGAAAUAUUACUUACCUGCCCUAUAAAUCCGAUGGUAUAUGUAAGGCAAUGUAGCCUUAUUUGGACAAAAGAACAGAUUUUGAAUGUUAUUGCCUAGAGAAAAAUUGUUGACAUUAUAAAUUUUGAUAGUAAAAUGUUAAAGAAAAAUCUUUAACUUGUCUAAAGUAGACAAAAAAAUUAAAAUGUUGACAGUCAACAUCCAGAUAAUUAAAUACAGUUUUGAUUUACAAAAUGGUAUAACGCUUUUAUUAUUGUAUAUAUAUUAUGUAAAUGGAAUGUGAUAGAAGUUUUAUGAAGAGAUUUUAAAAAAAUAUACUUCGUAAUUUAGUGCUC